AUGGCCGAUCGCUAUUUGCUCGUCAAAGUUGUCAGUCAUGACCGUGACAAUGAAAAGGCUCUUAAAGUACAGAAAGAUGCAGAUUCCAAUGGGAAGAAUGCUGAAGCGAAAAAGGUGCGAAAGUCUCGAUCAACAUCCAGUCCUCCAAGAAAACGUGGAGGUCGUAAACGUCAAACAAAGAAGGCAGACUCACCACCUUCCAAGUCCCUGACCAGGUCAUCCCUGCGUCGCGCUCAUAAGAAAUCUCCCACCCCAUCGCCAUCACCAUCAGCAUCAUCAGCUUCAGAAGAGUCCUCACCAGAGGAGACUCCAGUCAGAAGCAGCAGAGGCAAAGGUCGUGGAAGGGGAAGAGGUAAAGGUCGUACAAGCAAGAGAGGAAGGACAAGGACAGUCUCAGGUUCAAGGUCACCAUCUCCUUCCCCUUCAAAGGAGAAAGCUGAAGUGGUAGCUGAAAAGGAAACGCCCCUUGAGACAGAAACUAAGAGACCUCGUAGAGGCAGUAGUCGCAAGGCUGCUGUGGCAGCAGCAGUAGCUGUUGCUGCGAUAGCAGUUGAGGAACCAGCCAGGGAAGAGCCCAUACCUCCCCCGGAAAAGUCUGAUAAACCAGUCCCCAAAGCAAAAGAAGAUCCCCAGGAAAAGACCCCUGACAAGAAAACUGUGAAAGACAAAAAAGAUGCAGAAACUGUGGAGUCCAAGAGAGAGAAAAAAUCUGAUCCAGUGGAAGAAAAGAGACCAAUGUCUCGAAAGGACUAUAUCAAACGCUCCAUUGCAGAACCACCUCCUCCUGAGCCAGUAAAAGUGAGUGUCACUGCCGAGUUGAAACCAGAAUCUAAACCCGAGCCAAAAGCUGUGCCCCAGGAUAAGAAGGAGACCGAAAAUAAGGCACCUGCACCAUCAGCAAAAACCAAGAAACCUGUAGAUGUUGAAGCUACUACUGAAAGUAAAGGAAGUUCCGCAGAUCAUGAAAGAAAGGAGGAGGAGAAAGAGAAACCAAAAGAGGAUGCUGCUGAGAAAGAGAAAAAGAACAGCAGCCUGAAAAAGAUGCUAGCUCUAAAUCCAAUACUGGACAUGGUUCAAAAGGAGUAG